AUGCUCCAUGAAUCCACCGUUUCUGUAUUGGAUCGUUUGAUACUAAUAAGCCACAUCUCUUUGCAAACAUAUUUACUAGCAAAAGAUAGAGAAGGGUUCGAUAUCAUUGUGAUGGACCCACCAUGGCAGAAUGCAUCGGUUGAUCGAAUGAGUCAUUAUAGGACAAUGGAUUUAUAUGAGCUGUUCAAGAUACCUAUUCCUGAUCUGCUGAAGGCAAAUGGGAGUAAUGUUGGUGGAAUAGUAGCUGUAUGGAUAACAAACAAGGCCAAAGUCAAAAGGGUUGUAGUAGAGAAGCUGUUCCCUGCAUGGGGUCUUGAUUUGGUUGCACACUGGUUUUGGCUCAAAGUUACUACCAAAGGCGAGCCAGUGCUUAGCCUCAGCAAUUCACAUCGACGAGCAUAUGAGGGUGUAUUGAUAGGGAGACAGAGGCAAGGCUCAAAGCUAUCGAAUAAGACCAUGCAUGAGACAUCUGCCUCAAAUCCAGUAAACAGGCUACUAGUGAGCAUACCGGCUCAGCAUUCACGCAAACCAUCUCUCAAUGCUCUUAUUGAAGAAGAAUUUUUCACAUCAAAACUCGAAUCCCGAGCAGAUCGAGAUCGCAAUGCGUAUGUCGACAGUGAAGCAUUGGUAAAGAAACCACUUUAUCGACUUGAGCUUUUUGCCCGGAACCUAGAGGAAGGCGUAUUAUCGUGGGGCAAUGAACCGCUUCGUUAUCAAUACUGUGGACGAGGAGCAAGCAAUUCUCAGGUCGUGCAGGAUGGAUAUUUGAUUCCUUGUCCCAUUCAAUCUGAAUUGGUUUCCCAAUGA